CUCUCCCUGUUCCUAGUGGGGAGUUUCAUGUGAACACCCAUCCACAGUGGGCCUAUGGGUGCGAUCUGUCUCCGUGCCAUCCCUCGUAUUUCCGGGUUGUGUGGCUCCACGCCGGUCUGCAGAGCUCAUGUACCGGGCGAUGCAGGAACCCUGGAAACUUGCAUCAGCCGGGGAGCAACAAGCAAAAAGCAAAGCAAAGCACGGACUAGUUAGUCGCUCGGUGAUCUGAAGGAGAGAAAACAACAAUAUGGGACACAAGCUGCAAGCUGAUAUUUAAAUUUCAGAGCACCUCCUCCUUUUUCUUCUUCAAUGCAGAGCCGGUGACCAGCGUUAAAAGUUGACUUUAUAAAGCAGACAGUGGACACCUCACGGUUUACCAGUGACAACAAGGUGUAUCUGUGUGGAUGUACACGUUGAGCAAAGUGCAAGGUCCCCUCAGAGUUUAGAUAUGAGCUGCGACCAGCUCUAGCCGCCCGCUCCUCACUUCGCCUCUGCAGCUGACUUUAAAUGAGCCUUUUUACACUUUAAUUUUAUUAGAAGCUACUUUUAGUUUUUUUUUACGCGUCGAAGAUGUCGUGCCUGUUGUUAGGAGUCAUACGAAGACAUGGUGGUGUUGGGGCAAGUGUCGGGGUUCGGUCCCUGGCCUCCAUCCCCUCGCUGCCCCCGGCAGUGGCAGAUUUUGUGAAGGGGGCGGUGGAUGAGUGUAAGCCUGCCGGCGUGCAUGUCGUGACUGGGACGCCGGAAGAAACUGCUAACAUCCUGGCAGGUCUGGAGAAGGAAGGGAUGGUCAAGAAGCUUCCUAAAUAUGAUAACUGUUGGCUGGCACGUACAGACCCAAAGGAUGUGGCUCGGGUCGAAAGCAAGACUGUCAUUGUGACCAAGAACCAGAGGGACACCAUCCCCAUCCCUGCUGGAGGGGCAAAGAGCCAACUGGGUAGCUGGAUGAGUGAGUCCGACUGGCAGAGAGCCAGAGAGGAGCGUUUCCCAGGCUGCAUGGCAGGUCGCACCAUGUAUGUGAUUCCCUUCAGUAUGGGACCUGUAGGCUCAGCUCUGUCUAAAUAUGGUGUCCAGGUGACGGACUCGCCUUACGUUGUGGCCAGUAUGGGGAUCAUGACACGCAUGGGCACGCCUGUCCUGAACAAACUGGCUGAAGGAGUGGACUUUGUGCGUUGUCAGCACUCUCUAGGACGUCCUUUACCACUUAAAGCCCCUCUGGUCAACUCGUGGCCCUGUAACCCAGACAAGGUGCUGAUAUCUCACCUGCCAGACCUCAGGCAGAUCAUGUCCUUUGGCAGUGGCUAUGGAGGAAACUCUCUCCUUGGGAAGAAGUGUUUUGCCCUCCGCAUCGCCUCUCGCAUCGCUAAGGAUGAAGGCUGGCUCGCUGAACACAUGCUGAUCCUCGGCAUCACCAACCCUCAGGGAGUGAAGCGUUACGUAGCGGCGGCCUUCCCCAGUGCCUGCGGUAAAACCAACUUGGCCAUGAUGAAACCAGCUCUGCCUGGCUGGAAGGUUGAGUGUGUGGGUGAUGACAUUGCGUGGAUGAAGUUCGACAGCCAAGGUAAACUUAGAGCUAUCAACCCAGAGAACGGUUUCUUCGGUGUGGCUCCAGGCACCUCGGAUAAGACCAACCCCUACGCCAUGUCCACCAUUGCCAAAAACACUGUGUUCACCAACGUUGGCGAGACCAGCGAUGGAGGAGUAUGGUGGGAGGGCCUUGACCCCCCUCCAACUGGGGUCUCGCUCACAGACUGGCACGGCAAAAGCUGGAAGCAAGGAAGCCAGACUCCUUGUGCCCAUCCCAAUUCCCGCUUCUGUGCCCCGGCGGGUCAGUGUCCCAUCAUUGACCCCCAGUGGGAGAGUGAGGAGGGCGUUCCCAUCGACGCCAUUAUCUUCGGUGGCAGGAGGCCGGAAGGAGUCCCUCUGGUCUAUGAGUCUUUCAACUGGAAACACGGAGUCUUUGUUGGAGCCGCCAUGAGGUCUGAAGCGACGGCAGCUGCUGAGCAUCAAGGCAAGGUGAUUAUGCACGACCCCUUUGCCAUGCGCCCCUUCUUCGGUUACAACUUUGGCGACUACCUCGCUCACUGGCUGAGCAUGGAGAGCCGAAAGGCCCCCACUCAACUGCCUAAGAUCUUCCACGUCAACUGGUUCAGGAAGGACCCCACGUCCGGCGCCUUCCUCUGGCCCGGCUUCGGUGAAAACGCCCGUGUCCUGGAGUGGAUCUUCAAGCGCUGCAGCAGGGAGAGGGAUGACGAGGCAGCCAAGAAGAGCAUUAUCGGCUGGCUGCCAGUAGAUGGCGCCAUCGACACUAAAGGUCUGGGCAGCAAGGUGGAUAUGGGUGCCCUGUUCGACGUGCCCACGCCUUUCUGGCAGAAGGAGACAAAGGAGUUGAGAGCCUACUUCACUCAGCAAGUUGGAGCUGAUCUGCCAGCUCAGGUGGAGGCUGAGCUGAAAGCACUGGAGAACAGAGUGCACAAUUAAAACUGACAGGAAGUUCCUCCAGAAACAGGGAGGUAGUCACUGAUGACACAGGAUUCAGAUCAUUGGGGUGCAAUCAGAGUCACUGGCUGGGUUUACAUACACAUAAUUUAGUUUAGGUUAGCUUAAAAAAACAACAACCAAAAACUGAGAUUGGAUAAACAGUUUGAGGCCUGGCUGACAGGUCACCAUGGCACAGAAACAUCUCACUCCUUAGUUUUCAAAAAACAUGCCAGUAGCUGGUAUGAGAGGUUAAUAGAACUUGCUGCUCAGUCAAACAUUUUGAUAUUUCUUUGCGGAUGAUCAUGUUUCAUGUUGUAAUUUCAGAUAAGGUAGACACACGAUCACUCAAUAAUUACUUGAAUGAAAAACACCUCAAAUAGACCAGGACAGUAGUUAACUUUCUAUGUGCAUGAAACUCCAGGAAUUAAAUGUCAGAUAUCGAAUCAGUGGAGAAGCUAAUAAUGUACAAUGCAAUACCUACUUUUUGGACACUACUUCACACAAGUGCUACAACACUGAGGGACUGCUGCCGGGUUAAUAGUUAAGAGUUGAAGUUUGACUCUCAACAUGAGGGUUAGAUUUCUAUGAAGGUGUCUAAAUUGUCAUGUAGAGAACCUAAUGUCACUACCUCCAUUCACUCACAGGACCCGGCAUGGUACUAAAGCACAAUCAACAUGUCCCAGUAGUGCCUUUUUGAGACAAUAAACAGUACAAGCUGCUAAUGUUUACAUGCUAAACCCAAAAGAGUCGAUAAAGUUUUAACAUUUUUACUCAUGAAAAGGUUUUAAGUGAAUUUUAGCUCCAGCUCUUUGAAUAUGCUAUUGUCUCAUGAAAAGCCCUUUUUAUUUGAAAUUGAGCCUGAUAUUAAAAAGUCCAUAAACUACUCAAAACAUUGUAGUAGAUUUCUAGUGAGCCCGAGGAUUACUAUGCAUAAUUCUUCUUGCCACUUGUUGUAAUGUUUGUGAUUAAAUCGUAUGAUUUCAGGUGAUGUUUACAGACAAUAUGUGAAAUGUUGGACCAAUAAAUGCAACGGAGAUUACGAGGAAUUUUUAGAAGCUUUAUGCCAAGGUUUUUAUUACAGUGCAAUGAAUAAAUAUCCUCAGAAGCAGAAA